UACUCUUAUCAAUUACAUUUUCAGCUGCAUACUGUAAAAGAUGUACUUGGGUACGUUAUUUUUCAGCCAAUGUAGUCCAAAAACCUAGACAAAGUAUAAUUAGGGGUUUUUAAUCCUUCUUCUGUGUUGUCAAUUGUCUAGUUCCGCAAUGAUGAAUAAACCAGCGGAUUCCGCCAGUGCUACGCCGCCGUUGGCCAGCCAAUUGCAGUUGGAAUUGCCAGCACAUUCAAAGGAAUCCAUAAUCGCCGGUCUCUGUAAGCUCUCUGACUCCCUCUCCAUAUUCCAACGCUGCUUAACUGAGCUACAACUACACAUUGGUUCCUCCCUUGCCUCAAUCCACUCCUCCUCUAUGCUGCUCCUCCCACACACAACUAAUGCCAAUUCGUUAUCAACGCCAACUGCGGCGCUUCCAGCUCCAGAGGAAGAGGUAGAGGAAGAGGAGGUGGAGGAGGAUGAAGGGGAGGAGGAAAAGGAAGAGGAAGAGGAGGUGGAGUUGGAGGAUGAAGAGGAGACUGAAGAGGAUGGGGAGGUGGAGUUGGAGGAGGUCGAGGAGGAGGAGGAGGAGGAGGGGGACGAGGACGAGGACGAAGAGGUGGAGCUGAAGGAGGAGGUGGAGGAGGGAGAGGAGGAUGAGGAGGUGGAGUUGGAGGACGAUGAGGAGGAGGGGGACGAGGAUGAAGAGGUGGAGCUGAACGAGGAGGAGGAGGGGGACGAGGACGAGGAUGAAGAGGUGGAGGAGGAGAAGCAGGGAGAGGAAGUGAGAACUCCUCUUUUUUCAGAGCUAGCAAGCAUCUGUAAAGCAAUGAGCGAUAGAGAUUUGAAUAAGUACAUGAAAAGGCAUUUCUCCAAUAAAGAAACACUGCUCGAACAACUCCCCAAGGCAUUGAAACUCUCAGAAAAUCCGAAGAGCCUCGUGCUGAAAUGUCUCAACAAGUUUUAUCUUCAAAGGACUGAUUCCUUCUUUCGAGGCACACGGGUGUUCCUUCAAAGGAAAGUGUCUGUAUUGGCGUUGGAGUGCUUAUUGUUGAUGAUGGUAGAGAGCGAGGGAGUAGUUGAGAUUGAUGAAACGGUGAAGGAAGAUGUGAAUCAGGCAGCUUUAGCAUGGAAGGAGAGGUUGAUGUCCGAAGGAGGUGUAAAAAUGGCUCAUAAGCUGAAUGCCCAAGGAGCGGCUCAUAGGCUGGAUGCCCGGGGUUUGCUAUUGCUCUUUGGAUGUUUUGGGGUUCCAUCGUUUGGAAUUUUAUAUGCGGAUAUCAGAUAUUUUCUUACCUUUGGCGCCCAGGGGAUUUAUGGUGCCCUCAAGAGAUCAAGUGUUUUCAUGGAAUAUAUCCCCAAAUUAAUAGAGUGGAGGGUGAAGUGCAACGUAGUUGACGCAGUUGACAUUGCCUAUACUUUUGGUUUAGAGGACAAAUCUGACCCUCUGAGACUCUUAACAUCAUUUAUUAAAGAGUCCGAGGAGACAUUGUCGAAAAAAAUUAGGGGAUUUAAACAAACUAAUACGGUGCUUGCAGCAAAAAAGGAUUACUUGGUUGCUGUGAGAUCUGUCUACUCUUGUUUGAGACGUCACAGGAUUGAUCCUUCCAAACUUAUUACCGGAUGGCAAUUCGAUGUGAAAAUAAUGAGCUUGGAGAAAGAAAUUGUUGAAUUGAAUGAGCAUGUAGGUCAGGAAACCCUUGCUGAAUUGAUUAAAAAUAUACGUGAUCAGAAUCUAGCACUAAAAAGAAAAAUUGAUGAGACUGAGUCAUCUGGAUGUUUCAGCAACAAAGAAAUGAAAAGCUCAUAUCCUUCAAAUCCAAAUCCAUGGCCCCGGCAUCCGGAAAAAGUUGUUAAUCAUGUCGAUAAUAGCAUCGGCACCUUGUUAGAAGGUGGUGGAACUACUGGCCACAUUUAUGGUUAUUCUCUAUCCCCAUCCGUAUUGCAUGCGACCGUUGCAGGCUCGAUACGUGAGAAUGUUGUUGGCUCACUGCCGGGACCCGUGGGAGGUGUUGUGGCCACAGUUGGAGUUGGAGCUGGGGCAGGUAAAUCAGUGCAAGGAGGUUUGUGUGCUGGAGUUCAUGGAUUGACUUUAGUUGAUCGUACACCUGGGCAAACAGGAAGUCAUACUGGUCUGUUAUAUGGACAGCGUCGUGAUGCAGUGAUGUAUGAUAGACUGGCCUCCCACAGCUAUGCUUAUAGGCCAUCAUCCUUCUUGGAAGGCUCAGGCUCUAUGGGGUUGCCAAACACCAUAACCGUUGAUACUUAUAGGUCUCCACCAUACUUGGAAGCCUCUACAGGGUUGCCAAACACCAUACCUGGUGAUGCUUAUAAGCCUCCAUCAUACUUGGAAGCCUCCACAGGGUUGUCAAACCGCAUCCCUGCUGAUGCUUAUAGGCCUCCACCAUACAUGGAAGCUGUUAUGAGGUUGCCAAACACCAUAACCAGUGAUGCUUAUAAGCCUCCAACAUACUUGAAAGCCGUUACGAGGUUGCCAAACACCAUAUCUGGAGAUGCUUAUAAGCCUCCAUCAUACUUGGCAGCCUCUUCAGGCUCAAACACCAUACUUGGUGGUGCUUAUCGGCCUCCACCAUACUUGGAAAGUUCUACGGGGUUGCCAAACACCAAACCUGCUGAUUCUUAUCACGCUCCACCAUACUUGGAAGCCUACAUGGGUUUGCCAAAUACCAUGCCUGCUGAUGCUUAUAGUCCUCCACCGUACUUGAAAGCCUCUACAGGGUUGCGAAACACCACAUCUGGUGAUGCUUAUAGGCCACCUCCAUACUUGGAAGGCUCUACCGGGUUGUCAAUUACCAAGCCCAUGGAUGUUGCUGGCGGGAACUUCUACAUCUGAUACCUACCAGUUUGCUGAUGCUGUUCAACUGAACUGUACCGAAGCAGUGGCUCGCGAGCAGUUGAUGCUGUUCCACCUGCUGUGCCUGCUCAUCUUCGUCCUACUUGUAUAGGUUGAGAUGGUUUUGCCUUGGGCAGUUGAGCUCAACAAUGAAACCUGAAGGAUUUGAAAUCAAUUAUUGGAGUUCGGGUGGGAUGGCUACAAUCAUUCUGAACUUUUUGCAGUAUUCUCAAUUAAUUGGUAUGUAAAAUCGCACUAAGUAACCUGCUACUGGUAUCUGAUAUAUCUAGGUUGUUACUUCUACACUACACUACUCGUCCAUCCCGUUGGUACUGGGUGGAUUGGUUCUUAUUAUCUUCCUUUGUUUCUAAAUUUUGUAAAUUUUGGUGUUGUAGGAGUUCCCAUUUGAUGCAAUAUCGUGAAGGUUUGUCUUUCUGUUCAUGAACGUGGUGUAUGUAGUUUCAUAUUCGCUUGCUGAACUUUCACAACAAUGGUUUAAGAAGUUUAAAAAAAUACAAUCUUGAUUAAUAUGCGAAAUGGUGAUUUUUGAAUCACAAGGAUUAUACUAGUAGCUUGAUAUGUUUGUAAAUUUUUCGGAUUGUAAUUUUGCAUGACUGCUAAGCUUCUGUUUGGAAAUUCAUCUUGUGGCAGAGUUCUGAAUUUAUAUACUUAUUUCAUCUUGGGAAAUCCAUUAUUCACUUGCUCUUGCUUCGUAAAUAUGCUUCUUGUUUCCUGUAAUUAUGGCUGGUGCUAAUUACCUGUAUGGAUUUUAAAUUGAUAUCUUGAAUUAUUUUCUUCUUUUUGCGUCUAGAAGAGGAAACUGAUCCUAGUUUUACCUAUUUUUAAGAUCCCUAUUUCAACAUUACAUAAUUUAUCCAAGAGAAGACAACUAUAGAUUUUCCCCUCUUACAUAGCCUGUUUGGCCGAACUUUUCAAAUCAACUUUUUUUGAAAAGUGUUUUUAUUUUUUAAAAUUGCUUUUCAAAAAAGUACUUUUGGUGAGAAACAGUUUGUGUUUGGCCAAUAAGUUUAAAAAACCUUUUGAGCAACAAUUAGUGUUUGGUCAAGCUUUUCAAAAGUGCUUUAAAGUUAUUUUUCUCAAAAGUGCUUUUAAGGAGAAACUACUUUUUUUUUUACCGGUUCCAAAAAAAAAAGGAGAAGCUACUUUUUUUAGCUAUGAAAAAGUGCUUUUUUCUACUCCCCGGAAGCACUUAUUUUCUUUCAAAAGCUUGGCCAAACAUCUUAAAGAAAUAAGUAUUUUUAGUAAAAAAUAAGCACGUUUGGGAAAAAAUAAGCUUGGCCAACCAAGCUUUUCUUCUCUGCUUUCAUAGAUGAAUUUGCGCGCAUUAAUAGGACCUAUAUAAGCCUUGUAUAUACUGUUUGUCAUGGUGGUUUGAAACAUUAGAGUAAUAUAUUCAACAAUUUAUGGUCACCAUACCUGGUGAAGUAUGUUUUUUAUCAUGCCUUUUUAGCUUGCAAGGAUCUUCAUAGAAGGGGCUGAGUUGCAUCAAGUCUUGCAUAUGUGGAAUAGGCAUGGAGGUGAAUGGUACCUUUCUUCCCCAUUGUGUAAAGCAAAUCAGUUGUGGGAGCUGUUAAACAGAUAAUUUGCAUCGGUAGCGUGAUGCCUAGCUGAUUUUCAAAGACCUGCUUUGCUAGAGGGAUGCAAGUUCAUCAAGGAACUGAAUAGGAUUUGGAAGGAGGUCAUGACCUACGUUGCAGGAAUGCUUUGUUCAAUGGUUUAGAACUUAGAAGACUUGUUCAAAGGGUAAAGAUGAAUCACUCAAAGAAAGAACUUUCCAAGUACACCAUGUAGUAUAUAUAUAUAUAUAUAUAUAUAUUUAAGAAUACGUUUUGGCAUAUUCUGAUAAUGUGACUUGUACUAAUUGUAAAAGAAUUUUUGAAGAUUGAACUAGUCUGAGAGUGGAGAAAUUGCAAUAAAUAAUCAAACAAUAUGGGAAAAAAGAAAUACUCCAGGAAAAGUAUGUGGUCAAGAGUAUUCAACAAAUUAAUGGAUGACCAUUUUCUCAAUUCUUA